AUGUUAAUCUCUAUUUUUUAUUAUUGUUAUUAUGCUAAUAAUAAUGGGACUUUUGGAUCAAUACGAUUUUCGUCUUUAUUUAUGCUAGUGUUUUCAUUUUUAGUUCUCCUAAACACCACACCAGUUUUGGCAGAUAUCUUCGAUUCGCAGGGUUGUUAUAAAUUAAGUGAUGUACAGCAAUAUUUAACAAGUAAGGGAGAAUAUAUUUAUCAAAGUGUGGGUUGGUGUGAAGAACAAUGUGAUGGGGAAAGCAUUUUGGGGUUAUUGGAUGGUGGAACAUGUUACUGUGGUUCGUCAGCUGAGUUUUUGACCGAGCUACAAAGUGUUGACUCGACUAAUUGUAAUGUUGGUUGUAAUGGGUAUCCUCAACAAAUGUGUGGUGGUGAUGGAUAUUUAAAUAUUUAUGUUAAUGCUAAUGAUUUGGGACAACUACAGGAUACUAUUAGUAGUACUUCUACACUUACUUCUUCAACUUCUGCCAGUAGUACUUCCACACUUAUUUCUUCAACUUCUACCAGUAGUAUCUCUACACCUACUUCUUCCACCUCCACUUCCAAUUAUUAUUCUUCUCAGAUUUUAACUAGUUCCGCUCAAUACAAUUAUUUAACUACCAGUGUACUCAGUUCCUCUUCUUCCAUUUCUAAUAUUGUUAGUUCUAUUUAUUUUUCUGCCAGUUCCAGUGGUAUUAGUUCCGAUAUUGAUAGUAUUUCCAGUGUAUUAUAUACGAGUUCUAAUUUUAACCCUGUUACGUCAACUAUUUUAAGUUAUAGUAGCACUGCUAGUACUAGCUCGAAUAUUCCAAGUACUUCUAGUGUGUCAACUGUACUAAGUAUUUCCAUCACGGUAAGUUCUUCAAGCGUACAAAGUAGUUCAAUUUCAUCAAUUAUGACAAGUUCAACUUUACUACUUACACAAAGCAUAAUAUCUACUAGUUCUGCAAGCUCUGUUGUUCCCACAAGUUCUAUUAUUUCUACAAGCUCUGUUGUUCCCACAAGUUCUAUUAUUUCUACAAGUUCUAUUAUUUCUACAAGUUCUAUUAUUUCUACAAGUUCUACUAUUCCUACAAGUUCUAUUAUUCCUACAAGUUCUAUUAUUCCUACAAGUUCUAUUAUUCCUACAAGUUCUAUUAUUCCUACAAGCUCUACUACUUCUACAAGUUCUAUUAUUCCUACAAGCUCUACUACUUCCACAAGCUCUACUACUUCCACAAGCUCUACUACUUCCACAAGCUCUACUACUUCCACAAGUUCUACCACUUUGCCUCAAUCUAUGAGAUCAUCCACUACAAUUAUUCCCAAAUUAACUACAGAAAUAAUCACCUCCCGUGUAAUAACCACCUUAUCACAUAGUAUAAACACAAAUAACGAUGGUGCAAAUAACAACAUUACCACCUCCGGCAACAAUGCACCUGUGACCUCAUAUAUUGUGAUCACAGAAACGAGAUCUGUUCAACCAACAAAUGCAGGGGCAUCAUCAAAUACUGCUGUUGCUAUGAAUGGAUAUAAUAGCAACGGUAAAUCAACAUCAGUAUCUAAAUCCAUAAGUACUGGUGCUAUCGUUGGUAUUGUUGUUGGCGUAGUUGUUGGUAUUUUAAUAUUAUCAUGUAUAUUGUUUAUUUUGUGGUAUAGGCACCAUAAGAAGAACGAAAAACCCGAUUUAGAAGAAACCAAACAGUAUCAGCCUUAUUCAUUUGGAUUGCCACCACAAGAUGAUGAAGUCGCUAGUAAUAUCACUACCAAUAGUAGUAGUAAUACUGCCAGUUUCAACAAUAAUGGUAAAUCUACGAGUGAUGGUGCAACAAGCGGUAAAAGACUGGAUAGUUUCAAGAUCAUGGGAUUUGCAAGAGGUAAUAGUAAAAACAAUACCAUGGGAAGUAAAGGAUCUUUUGCGUCUAGACUAAGAAAUAAGGCGUCUGUUGAUGGUGAUGGUGAUGGUAAUGGUACCAAUAACAUGCACAACAACCACGCUUUGAUUGCACCAAUUAUAGCCGAAGAAUUUAGAGACGAUGAUGACGACGAAGGCUACGAAAAUAAUAUUAAUAAUAAUAAUGAUAGUUCCAAUGAUGAUACCAAUUUCCACGACUCUUCCACCACAAGGUCUUCAAGUAUGAUUGGAAGUGGUGAAAAGAAUGAUAUUAAUCAUAGCACUAAAAAGGCCAAUAAAGCAGAUGCAGGGGAAGAUAAUGAAGAGGAAAUCGAAAUCGACGACCAUUAUACUGAUUUGGACCUUGGUAAUAACGAUAGAAGAAUUUCUUCAUUUGAAGAAGUAUUUCAUGAUUAUAACCCAUACCAUAAUGAUUCCAAUGAUGAGCUAGAUGACAAUGAAAUUGAGGACUACGAUGACGAUGAUAAUUAUGAUGAAGACGACGACGAAAGUUAUAAUCGUGGAAGCGGUGGUGCUUUGAAAGUUAUUAAUCCAGAUGUGAGAUAUAGCAAAUAUAGUAGGAGUAGUAGGAUGGGAUGA